AAACUUGGUAUUGGAGGCUUCAGCAUGGGUGCUGCUACCGCACUCUACUCAGCAACUUGCUUUGCACAGGGAAAAUAUGGAAAUGGAAACCCUUACCCUGUCAACUUGAGGGCUGUCAUAGGUCUCAGUGGGUGGCUUCCUGGUUCCAGGAAUGUGAGGAACAAGAUUGAAGGAUCGCAUGAGGCUGCAAGAUGUGCUGCAUCUUUGCCCAUUCUACUCUAUCAUGGAAAAUGCGAUGAAGUUGUUCCUUAUAGAUAUGGAGAGAGGGCUUACCAUGUCUUGAGCUCAGCUGGAUUCAGGAAUCUUCAAUUCAAAGCCUAUGACGGGCUAGGCCAUUACACAGUGCCAAAGGAAAUGAGUGAGGUUUGUAAUUGGUUAACUGUAAGGCUUGGACUUGAAGGUUCACGACGAUAAACACUACAUAACAAAUAUUUCAUGUUCAACAUAUAUAGCUGAAGAAAAAAAGAAGAGCCUUGGUAUAUUAUACAGUGUAUGAGGUCUGUAAUUGGUUAAGUACAAGGCUUGAACUUCAGAGUUCCUGAUUGAUAAAUUGAAGUCCAUCACAAAGAUUCGUCAUCAGAAUGAAUAGCUGAUGAUAAAUGCAUUGGAAAGAAGUAACAGAGAGGAGUACACAGUUUUCAUAUAGUUAAUAGUUGUAUUAUGUUGAAUGCUAGGAUUUAGUUUCCAGUUUUGACAUAAAAUCUUCUGCAUAAUAAAGUUUUGGAUGUUUGCUAUUUUCAUUCAUUUGUAGACACAAACUUGACAUUUUUUUCUCUUCAAUUACAGUUUUGCUUUCCAAAGUUC